CCUGGCCCAUUAUAUUCCUUACGGAUACACAUACACACCUGUCUCAUCUCGUCCAACGGUCGAAUUGACGCGGAGAGGAGAGAGAGAGAGAGAUCAGAGAUGAGAGAGAAAAGGGGCAAAAGAGCAAAUCCCAAAACCCUAGAUCCCGUCGUUGAGGAUGAUGAUACUCGUGUAGUCACCGGUAAAGAAGGGAAAGGCUUCUUCGCCUGCUACAUCUUGACUUCUCUGAGCCCUCGUCACAAGGGUCACACCUAUAUCGGGUUCACGGUUAACCCGAGGAGAAGAAUAAGGCAGCACAAUGGAGAGAUCACAAGUGGUGCAUAUAGAACAAAGAAGAAACGUCCAUGGGAAAUGGUCCUCUGUAUCUAUGGUUUCCCCACCAACGUCUCUGCUCUUCAGUUUGAGUGGGCUUGGCAACAUCCGAGAGAAUCUCUUGCGGUGAGAGAAGCUGCUGCUGCUUUCAAAUCCUUCUCUGGACUUGCAAGCAACAUCAAGCUUGCAUACACUAUGCUAAAUCUUCCAGCUUGGAAUACUUUAAACCUUACAGUCAACUAUUUCUCAACAAAGUAUGCACACCAUGGUGGUCUUUCUCCGAGUUUGCCUUCACACAUGAAAGUCCAAGUUUGUGCUAUGGAUGAUCUUCCUUGUUUCUCAAAGCUGGACAACGAUUCUCAACCCGAAGAUGAAGAGAGUAACGAAGAAGAGGAGGAGGAUGAUAGUAGUAGCCAAAGCCAGCCUGAGAACCCAACUACAAACUCAUCGAAUGACUUGUGUCCGGGUGAAAAAGCGAAAGGGCCUGAAACUGUUCUUGAUGACAGAAUAGCAAAUUUCACUGGUUUUGGGUUAUUAGAUGAGAGUGUUGAAGAUGAAGUAUCACAUAACAGGGUAGGAUCCGUUGAAGCUAUGGAGAAAGAACCCGAGACUGUACGUGAUGACAGAUUAGCGAACUUCACUGGUUUUGGGUUAUUAGAUGAGAGUGUUGAAGAUGAAGUAUUGCAUAGCACUAUGGAGAAAGAUUGUUGGAGAAGAAGCAACCUUAUUACUUCAACCACUGAAGUUGAAGUGAUAGAUCUGAUGACCCCGUCACCGAGCUGCAGAGUUGGAUCGUCGUUGAAGAGGCGACGAGUUUCUGAGUUUAUAGAUUUAACAAGGUCUCCUAAUUUCAUAGAGUUGUAAAAAUAAUAUUACACAAGAGUUUUGUGCAAAUCGAAAUCAACUUUGUUGUAAUUGUCUACUAUUAUGUAAUAAAACAAAAGAUUUCAAAUCCUUUGAAUCUUAAUCUCUCAUCUUCUUCCUGGAUAUUAAAGCCUGACCAAAAUCUCUACUUUGAAUCCCAAUCUCGAUUUUUGAGAAUUGCUAAUUUGCGAU